AUUGCUGAUUGGCCCCUGAAAACCUUUGGGAAUAGAGCAAUAGCUUAUGCUGCCAGGACUUGAGGCCCCAUUAGCGCAAGUUGGAUGGCAUGAUGACGAAUAAAAGACAGUGCAACAAUGCAUCCGAAGAGGCCCCAUUGGUCAGUUGGCGGUGCAUCUGUUCCUGCAAGUCGGCGACUCCUGUAGCGCGCUUCUUCUCGAGCCACGCUUCGCAGCAUCCGCUGCCGCUGCCUCCGCCAAAGCCGCAGGUGCACUCACCUGUCGGUCGCGCGGCUGCAUCACUCGCUGCAUGCAUUCCCCGCCAGCAGGAAUUUUUUUGGGAGCCCAAGUCGGCUUGGAACCACUCGCGAGAACACUCAGUGCAUGACCGAACUCUUGAGCUCAACAAGUGCUCUAUCGGGGCCACGCGACCGGACCUGCUUUCCGUUUUUUGCCAGUUUUUUGCAACUUUUUCCCGAGAUCCAGUUAGAACAUUGCGAACGCGUCCAGAGAGUGCUGAGUGCCGUUUUCUACUGUCCAACAACUUUGAAGGAAUGUUGCAGAUUUUCCAGCUAUCAUGUGACAUGUGGAGCUAAGCCGGGCUAAGGCCCUUUCAACCACCCAGCUUUCCCCCAUCGCAAUGAAUGCUGUCGUUUUCCACAUUUCGCUGCUGCUCAUUUUAUCGCAUCUGGAUCUAUUCAUCAAGUUCACCUUUGCUGGCACGUGCUGGUCCACCAUGGUCCGCAGGAACAACGGCCGCUGCAAAGAGCUGCUUUACGAAAGAAUCUCCAAAGAAGACUGUUGCUCAAGCAGCACCUCCAUAGCGACGGCCUGGUCGGCUGAAGAGCUCGAUCCAAGCACGCUCUUCUUCUGGCGCAUGUUUGGAGGCGGAGUGCGGUGCCUGCUAUGCAAAGAAUCCUGCCAAAACGUCGAAUGUGAGCCGGGCAAAAGCUGCGUAGUGAGAAAAGGAACGCCCAAGUGCGUCUGCUCAUCCUGCAAGGAGGGAAAAAAGAAACCGAAAGGCCCGGUAUGCGGCACCGAUGGCCGCACGUACCGGAACUGGUGCCGGAUGAAAAAGAAGUCCUGCAAGCAAAGACUGCGCAACCUUUCCGUGGCCUACUAUGGCGUAUGCCAAAGUUCUUGUGAUAAAAUCAGCUGCCCAGACAGCAAAACGUGCUUACUAGACCAAAACCUCACUCCUCACUGCAUCCACUGUUCGAAGAAAACGUGCCCAGCGGUUCCAAAGCAGCGCCAAGUCUGCGGUUCCGACGGACUUACCUAUAAGAGCGCUUGUCAUUUGCGAGAGGUCGCCUGCCUUAAGGGGCGAGCAAUACCAAUAGCAUAUAAGGGAUUCUGUAGAGACAACGUAACAUGCCACAACAUCCACUGCCAAGACCGGCAGCAAUGUCUGCUGGAUAUGGAGGCGGGUGGGCGGCCCCGAUGUGUCGCCUGUUCGAUUUCCUGCCGCCCCAAACUCCUGCAUGGUCCUGUGUGUGGUACCAACAACAGCACCUACCAAACGUGGUGCCACAUGAUGCAGGACGCCUGCUCUAAAGGUUACGUUAUUGAUACCAAACAUUCAGGCAAAUGUGUAAGUUUUGCACUUUGGAUUAGUGAAAUUGUAUGGGGAUAAACCGAAUAGUAACUUGCUCGAUUAAUUCAAUUAAAGCGCUUAAAGUUUCUAGGGGUUUCGCUCUAGUACCAUUUUACUAAACAGAGUCUCUUCUUUGAUUGUCCACUGCGUCGUUUUUGUGCUCUUAAUCAGAGAAUUUUGGUGAUUUUUAAACCAUUUUGGUGCAACUUUCCGCGCUUUUGGCACGCACAUUUUCAAGUUUCAGUGGAGUCAAAAAUAGAGCUUCUAGGGAGUUUGGCCCGGCGCCAUUUUAAAGCGGAAAGUCUUCACUGAUUGUCCAGUGCAUGGUUGUUAAGCAUUUCAAGAGAUAAUUUUGGCUAAUUUUUUAUGCAAUUAUCCGCCUCGUUUACAUGCGAAUUUUCAAACUCCAGGAGCGCCCAAAAUAGAGUUUCCAGGGGUUUCGUUCUAGUGUCGUUUUAAAGGGCAGAAUAUUUUCUUUGAUCGUCCACUCUGUCGUUUUUGUGCUCUUGAUCGGAGAAUUUUGUUGAAUUUUAAACAACUUUGGUGCAACUUUCCGCGCUUUUGCCACGCAAAUUUUCAAGCUUCAGUGGAGUCAAAAAUAGAGCUUCUAGGGAGUUUGGUCUGGCGCCAUUUCAAAGAGCAAACUAUUCUCUGAUUGUCCAUUAUGUGGUUGUUAAGCAUGUCAAGAGAUAAUUUUGGCUAUUUUUUGAAGUAUUUGAUGUAAUUAUCCGCCCCAUUUACAUGCGAAUGUUCAAACAUCAGUGGAGCCCAAAAUAGAAGUUCUAGGGGUUUCAUGCUAGUAACGCAUUAAAGAGCAGAGUCUCUUCUUUGAUUGUCCACUGCGUCGUUUUUGUGCUCUUCUUAAUCGGGGAAUUUUGGGGAUUUUUAAACAACUUUGGUGCAACUUUCCGCGCUUUUGGCACGCAAAUUUUCAAGUUUCAGUGGAGUCAAAAAUAGAGCUUCUAGGGAUUUUGGCCCGGCGCCAUUUUAAAGCGGAAAGUCUUCACUGAUUGUCCAGUGCAUGGUUGUUAAGCAUUUCAAGAGAUAAUUUUGGCUAAUUUUUUAUGCAAUUAUCCGCCCCGUUUACAUGCGAAUUUUCAAACUCCAGGAGCGCCCAAAAUAGAGUUUCCAGGGGUUUCGUUCUAGUGUCGUUUUAAAGGGCAGAAUAUUUUCUUUGAUCGUCCACUCUCGUUUUUGUGCUCUUAAUCAGAAAAUUUUGGUGAUUUUUGAACAUCUUUGGUGCAACUUCCACGUUUAAUGCACGCGAAUUUUCAAGUUUCAGUGGAGUCAAAAAUAUAGCUUCUAGGGAGUUUGGCCCGGCGCCAUUUCAAAAAGAAAACUCUUCUCUGAUUGUCCAUUGCGUGGUUGUUAAGCAUGUGAAGAGAUAAUUUUGGCUAUUUUUUUAAAUAUUUGAUGCAAUUAUCCUCCCCGUUUAUAUGCGAAUUUUCAAACAUCAGUGGAGCCCAAAAUAGAGUUUCUAGGGGGUUUCAUUCUAGUGUCGCAUUAAAGAGCAGAGUCUCUUCUUUGAUUGUCCACUGCGUCGUUUUUGUGCUCUUAAUCGGAGAAUUUUGGUGAUUUUUAAACAACUUUGGUGCAACCUUCCGCGCUUUAGGCACGCAAAUUUCCAAGUUCCAGUGGCGUUAAAAAUAGAGCUUUAAAAUGGCUCUAGAACUAAACAACCAUUGUUCUAGUGCUAUUUAAAAAAACAAAGAAUCUUUUCUGAUUGCCACCGUGUGGGUUUGGGUAAUUAAACAGAAACUUAUGGCGACUAUUAAAAAUCUUUGAUGUAACUUUAAGGUCUUUUACACGUGAAUUGUCACGAAAACGCCUGUGGCGCUCCAAAUGGAGUUAUAGAGUCAUUUUAAAGAGCAAAGUCUCUUCUUUGAUUGUCCACUGCGUUGUUUUUGUGCUCUUAAAGAAACAAUUCCAGAAUUUUUCAAAAUCUUUGGUGCAACUUUUCAAGUUUUUGCACUCCAAUUUUCAAGCUUCAGUGGCGUCAGAAACAAAACCUUAAGGAAGUUCGUUAUGGUCCCAUUUUAAUGAGCAGAACCUCCAAUCUGAUGGUUCACUGCAUGAUUCGAUUGCCUUUAAGCAGAUAUUUUUGGCGAUUUUUGUAAAUCUUUGAUGCAACUUUCACAUGUUUUGCAUGCAAAUUUUCAAGCUCAAGUGGCGUCAAUUACAGAACUGCUAGCAAAUUUGUCUUCGUGCAAUUUUAAAGAGCAAAAGCUCUAAUCUAAUUGCUCACUGCAAGAUGUUUGAGCAUUCAAGCAGACAAUUUUGGCCUAUUUUCAAACCCUUUCAUGCAACUUCUAAGUCUUUUGCCCGCAAAUUUUCUGUGGAGCCCUAAAAAUAGGUUCUGCGCUAUUUUAAUCAGCAGAGGAUCUUCUCUUAUUGCCACUGCUGGGUUUUUGUGUCCUUAAACAGGGAUUUUUGGCGAAUUUUCCAAAAUCUAUAGUGCAACAUUCCUCGUAAAAACUUCAGGGGCACCAAAAAAACAGAGCUUCUUAUGCCAAUUUAAAUAGCAAAUAUUCUUGUUUGAUUUCCCGCUUCGUGUUCUUUAUAAUCCCAAUUAGGCAAUUUUUGGUGAUUUUUUACAGUCUUUGCUGCCACUUUUAAUGUCUUUUGCAUGCGAAGUUUCAAUCAUCAAUAAAGACUAAUGUCUCGUCUCUGAAUGUCCACCGCAGAGCAGAAUAAAUCCAUUGAAAUUCAAAGUACUUUGGAGGUUUGUAAAUAUUUUUCAAUUUUCUUUAAAACGCGAGAACUUGCAUUCGAACGCUCGAGUUGAAAUUUUCUUCAAAAAGACGGUAAAUUAUUUGCCGUUGCUCGGUGGUCACAAUAUUUUCCAAUUAAUUCUAGGGAGCAACCAAGGAAAUGUUUGAAAUAAAAAUCGUGCUAUGAUGGUCAAUGGAGGUUUUAUUUCUCACUAAUCCAAGAAACCCGCAAAUAUAAUUUAACAUCAAAGGUUGGUGUCGAUUAAUGGGAGAACAAGAGACACUUAUAUACCAUCUCCUUCAACAAAAAUUCUUCUUACACAAACUCCUUCCGAUAUAUUCUGGAUCAUCGGCAUUGCAUGAUUAAACCUGCAGACUAACGUUACAGACAAUCAGCCUUCAUUUCGAGGAUUACCGAAUGGUUUUCGCUCAGAAACCCUUGUUUUAAUUAAAUAUGUACAUACCCAGAUCCAGCAGAUUGCAACUCAAACGCAGAAAACUCACCAAAUCAUUUACUUCGCAUCACAAAAAUCAGAAUGUUGCAAUUAUAAAAAUCAUUUUAAACUGUAGACUGUUCGGAUUAUCCAUGCAUUACUUUAUGUGUUUCUAACCGAAUGUAGCUAAUGUGCCUGUUUCAGAUUCUGAAAAACGACAUACGGCCGUGAUUGGUAGCCGUGUAGCUCGUAGGAAACAUAUCGAAACCAAAGAAGUCACAAGAAGACAUUCACACAUAGACUAACUAGCUGUAAUUCCAUGUUAAUAACUUAGGCAAUUCUACUUAACUAGACCUAAAUGUAUUAAGCAAUUAAUUUAUACGAUGAUAACUUAUAAUAAUUUAUAUUGUACCAAAAAUAAUACGCUGACUAACACCUAAAACCAUUGGCCAAUUGGCCUGAUGUUAAACACACAUUUAUUACUAUCAACAACUGUACUUUGCAGGCAAAUCACCCCUAAAAAACUUGGACAAUUGAGGUUCAAGCCAGUCAGUGUAUAAUAUGUUAAAACUGUAGCAAAUAUAACAUUCGCAUAUUUAA